AUGAAACGAAAGCACGAAGAAUCUCCUUCACAAUCCAACAAGCAAACAAAAAGAAAGAACGGAAAGGAAGAGGAUGCUGAACGAAAGACCUGGAGUUACACUCCAUUUGUUCCCUACUCGAGCAACAAUUUGACCGUGUGUGAGAAAGGCGUUCUAGAUGCUAAAAAGCACAUUUAUGUAGAGCAAACGAAUUUUAUUUCAGACCACUUUGUUAAGGCAUUGCAGAAGAAAUCCUUCUUCUCCUUCCAGGGUUCUCCAAAUAGUGGGAAGAGUUCAAUGAUAUUGAACAGCAUUAUUCCAAUGAUUAGAGAUAAUAAGGAAAAUAAUAAUUAUUUGCUUCUCUAUGUUGAUUUGGCUGUGGUCAUGAAGGAUUGGGUUAUUAAAAAGACUGGUGGCAGUGUGAGUUUCCAACACUGCUUUAUGGAUUAUGUGUUGAAGAAGUUGAGAUCACAAGCAAGUGUUCCUCAAUCCAUUUUAACUCUCUUCUCCCUCAAUUCUCCUUAUUGUCAAGAAUUGCGUAAGAGUAUUAUUCUUUUCAUGGAUCACGCGGAUGAUAUUCAUAAACUUCCCUAUGAAGAGAGAAGAACCUUUGUUGAAAGUUGGUUAAGAAUAUCAGAAACUAGAGUUCAGUUCAGCUUGUUUAGCAUUGUUGUUAUUGGAAACUCUGUCAUUCGUCCAUUUUCCAUAAGAGAUGAAGAAAAGAACAUUAUGGUUUCUCCAUUCUGCAAGCAUGCCUUUGUUCCAUACUUUUCCAGAGAUGAGCUCGUGCAUUUCACAAAGCAAUUUCUAAACAUUCCAAUAACAAUGGAAAUUAUUGACAGAAUCUAUGAAAGAUACACCUAUGGACACAUUGGACAAUCUAUCAUUAUGCUCAAAUACUAUACCUAUCUUUGGGAAGGUUGCAAUCCACCAUCUAACGUAGAAGAAUGGGAAUAUGACAUUCUUUCAGAUAAUUUUUGGGAAUUCUUGAAAAAUGAUUCAUUCCAUGCCAAGAUUUUCGAAUCAUUAUCAAAUGAUAAAUUGAUGGAACCUUUAAUUCGUUGGUUAAAAGACGAAAGAGAAGGAAGAGGUUUGAAUCUUGACUUGUCAAUUGAAGAUCAACUGGCACGAAUUGGAGUAAUUCAAUUGAGUCAAAAAAGAUUUCAUUUGACUUCUCAUUUGAUGAGAGAUUUGGUGGAAACUGCUUAUACAGAACCUCCACAAUUAUCUACUAAUGUGAUUUAA